AUGCUGGGCCCGAGCGAGGAGAUGCAAGCUGAACUUAUUGAGAACCUUGCAUGGCGACUUGCUCUCCAAUCAAUUAUGGAAGAAGAAGAGAGAGAAAGGGUGAGGAAAGAAGUUGUGGAGGAUGAGGAAGAAAGCAAAGAAGAGGUAGUUCUUGAUCUUUUCCGAGGAGAGAGACCACAUUUUGAAGAAGGAAGGGGGGUUGAAGAAGCGAGUGGUGUCCAGGCUGAGGAUGAAGUUGAGGUGGAAGAGGCUUGCACCGGCCCUAUAAUACAAGUAAUAUCCCCACCAAACUUCGAGGAAUUGCUUAGCAAGGACCCAUUUGCAGUGUCUCUUUGUCAAACCAAGGCCACAUCGACAUCGGUCCCCCUUGGUGGACGCAAUGGUGGCCAAUCGAUGCUGUCAUAUCUGGUUUGGGGCAAUGGGACGAGAGAAGAGAAGAAGAGGUCUCGAGGAUGGAGACUUCAUCUGCAUCAAGUGCACGAGCUUCCAUCACCAGUCAUACCACAUGCUCGUGACUUGCGACUCCACCUCAUUGACGAGAACCUCAACUUCAAGGAGGUUCUAGCAUGGACCGAAACUUAG